AUGAAGACGCUUAACUGUUACGUGCUGUUAUUUUGCUGGAAAGCAAUCUGUUGCAACAGCUGUCAACUCACCAAUAUUACUAUAGCAGUGGAAAGAGAAGAAUGUGAACUCUGCAUUACGGUGAAUGCCACGUGGUGCUCAGGAUACUGCUUCACAAGGGAUCCGGUAUACAAAUAUCCCCCGGUCUCAUCUGUUCAGCAAAUAUGUACCUUCAAGGAGGUUGUGUAUGAAACAGUGAAGAUCCCUGGCUGCGGUGACCACCCUGAAUCUUUUUACUCAUACCCAGUAGCUACAGAGUGCCACUGUGAGACCUGCGACACUGAUAGCACUGACUGCACUGUGAGAGGACUGGGGCCAUCCUACUGCUCCUUCAAUCAGAGUGGAAGCAAACAAUGAAGGGUGCUUGAGAUGGCAGCUUGGCUUUAAAUUUUCACUUCUAAAUAGAUAAGGGUAUUGAACAGACUGAAGUGCAAGUUAAUAGGCAAGGCUAUUGAGAAACUGCCAAGCUUGAAACAAAAAUUUGUAAGGCCAAAGUGGAGAGAUACUGAUUAAACUUCUCUUCAGGCUUUCUCUGCUUUUCCCAUCGUUUUCCUUAUAAUCAUUUUCACGGGUCUCUAGAAUGCAGCUUCUGCCUUGUCCCCUCUUCUUCUUUAUUCCGUCUUCAUUCUUUAUGUUUCUGUAUUUUCACAGCUUAGUUCACUUCACUUAUUCCGUACUAUCCAAUGCUUUUAAAAAGUUCCCAACUUUAAAAUGCCCUAAUUUCCAUCUCUCCUCAGAACUCACUUAUUUUAAAAAGCCUUGCAGCACCAGUUUUAAUUACACGCAACAUCCAUGCCCUUACUGUCUAACUUCUAGUUGGACUGCAAUCCUCUCUUAGCUGAGAUUCUGACUUUAUUCAGCAAAAUAUUUCACGCAGUCAUUAUGCUCUGCAAACAAUAACAGCAUGUUUAUUUAAGAGCCAAAAACCUAUGUUCAAUUGUUCAAAGUGACCAAACUCUUGUGCUUUCUCAUUAAGGCUUGUUAGCUCUGGCUCAGUGCCACAAUAACAAAUGACAUGAAGUCUAUCCAGUUCAUGCCUGGCUAACUGACUGCUCGAAAUGCUCAGCUGUCAACCUUCACCUGGGUAAACAAACAUGUCUUAAUUCAGUUUAAAAAUUGUGAAAUAUUGCCACAAAUCUGAAACACUGGAUUUCCUCUCAUUAUGCAACAGAACUUAAGAAUUACUUUAAUAGAGGAGACUGAAAAAUGAUUUAGGGAUAUAUCUAGAGAAACCUGACCCUGGCAGGGCAAAUCUGGAGUCACAACAUACCUUGCAAGUAGUCUGC